UAAUUCUGUCUUAGAUGAAUGUCUCCACAGUUACAGUGUCAAAUUUAAAGUCACAUUGAAUUUUUUUAUAGUUUUUGCAGCUAAGUUUGGAGGGCGUCGAUGUGAUGGCGCGUUGGCUGCUGCUGGCGCUGGCGAGCGCGCUGUGCGCCGACGCCGGCCGCCCGGCGCGCUACGCCGACUACUCGGCCGCCCGCAUGCCCCAGUACGACACCCUCUACGACGCCCGCGCCGACCAUCGAGGACCCGCUGACGACUAUCGCGACCGCUCAGACCUUGCAGCGCCCAUAGAUUACAAUACUUAUGAUCAAGAAUCUAAUGAUAAAAGGAAUCCGAAAAUUCUUCAGGAUGAAGAUUUGUAUCAAAUACCUCAUAAUAAUAACAUAAGAAAAGCGCCUACGACUAUAGCAAUAGACGAUGUCGAUGCGGAUUAUAAUUUUAAAUCUGAAGAAAUCAUUCCAAAAAAUAAAAAAGGUAACAAAAGGCCGAGAAAUACCAAUAAAAUAGAAGCGAAUGAAUCUGUUGAUCGCAGAGCAAAAAUUGGCCGUAACGUUAAAAACAUCCAUCAAAGAGCUUCGGAUUCGGAUGAUAAAGACAAUGAAGCUCCUUUAGAUCACCAUGAGGAAGAGAAGGAUCCAGGCUCCGACAACGAAAAAAAUAAAUUUGUCCGUAGGGACAUACGGCAAAAGGUUCGACGAAAAUCUUGGUAUCCCAAAUCUGCAGCGUUGAGAGCCUCCGAUUAUGAUGACCAGAGUGAGGGUAGGCAGGGUAAAGAUGCAAAAAAACUUGAUGACCCAUUAUACACUGAUACGGAAUUGUUGCAAAACACACCGAACAUUGAACCAGAUGAUGUCAGGUUCACAGAAAGAAGCCGACCGCCCAGUUAUAAAAUUGUAGGAGAAGACAACGACGAUUCGGAAACGCCAUUGUCUAGCAGGCACAAGGCGCCCAUGCCAAAGUCUAAAAAGAAAAACCCUGAAUAUGUAGACUACAACGAUAUGAGCAGGAUCGAAAAAAUUAAAAACCUCCCUACCCGAAGCACAACAGCGAGGACGGGCGCAGGCGCACCGCGGCGCUGGUCGUUCCAGGACGGCUUCCGACGCCGCUUCUACAACACACCUCCGCAAGAAGUGGAACAAUACGCAGAGAUCUUGACCAACGCGCAACCCAGCGACGCUUCGGCUGCUAACACCACUGCUAACACGACCACUCCUUCCCCACCAAUAACCGGUAUCGAUGAACCUCUCGCUCCGCUUUCUAAAGAUGUACUCGCAAAUAUCACGGCGUUUGUCAACAUGUCAAAGCAGUUAUCUAUAGCUGAAUUGUCACAACUCUCUAUUAUGAAAAAAGCCCAAAGGAGAGACAGUGUCAUGGAUGAAAUGUUGAAGGAUAAGCCCCCGGUGUUACUUCAGGUAACUGAGAGGUUGCAAACGGUAGUGAUGGUAGAGCCGCCGCCCGUUACACAGGAACCGUGGUUGCGAGCGAGAGAUAUCGCAGAAGACUCUCCUGAGCGCAUUGCAAGAGUGAAGCGUUUCAUGAGGAACAAGUUAGUUGCGAACGCGAGAAAUAUAAGCGAGCUGAUGGAGAACUGGGACGAUACCGUGUGCGACUACGUCGACAUUGCGCUCUUGGAUGAGAGCGGUGCGGUUUGGAUGCACACGCACAGCUCAUAUAUAUAUUUGCUGCGGCCCAUAGGUUGUACAUUGAUUGCGUAUUCAGCAUUCUGUUUAUUCUGAUUCACCC